CAACUUCCGGAUUAGGUAUCAAGCGUGUGUUCGGUGUAAAUGAAACGUCCGGUGCGCAUCUUUCCGUGGUAUGUGUGUACAGGAGAGAAGGAAAAUAUUUCAGGCAAGAUUUUUUAUAAUAGUUACAGGCGCUUUAACGUGUAUAGUCUUAGCCAAGACGGCUAAUGCAUGCUGUCAGUAAUUAAGCGCUCGUCAGGUUUACAUUAUAGUUCAUGGUGUUUAUGAAAGCAGUUUUUUUACUCAUGACGAUCCAACUGUACAAUAGUAAAUCUUCGGACUUUUGCACUAGUUUGCCUCACUUGUCCAGUUUCCCAUCAUGUUAACUUACUGCGUCAGAACCGCCCUGUCAAGGCGUGCGUUCACGUGUAAAACAUCACUGGCCCAACAACACAGCAGAGGACGCUGCAGCGCAUCAUCAAGUGAGACAGAUCCGGUCGGGACUUUACUGCAGCUCUGCGUGGACAGAUACUACGUAUCACCUGGUGAGAGCAACAGAGAGCGGCUGCAGCGCGGCGUGAGCUGCAGGUAUGGACCUCUGGGCAUGGAGCUGAGGAGGAACCUGCUGGAGCAGUGGUGGCACUCUGUGACCAACUCCAGAACGCAGGUGUUUGGGAUAAACACGCUGAGCAGCAGCAACGGAGAGCGUGAUGGACUCGGACAACUGAGGAUUGUGGAAUCUGAAUAUUUAAAACAAAUACUUGAGCAGCCAGAGCUGAGGAAGGAGCAGCUCAUCCAGAAGGUACAGAUGUACCUCCAGAGGUCCCCGGUUGUGAGAAACAACUUACUUCAUGGUGCCCUGGAGCAGUUUGUGCCCUCACUGGAGAUGGUGAACAGGAAGCUGCCUUUUGGCCUGGCUGAGACUGCUCUGUGUUUCCAGCCCUCAGGUGGCUCUGGUUGCACAGCCGAGGUAACCCAGACGUCUUUGGUGUGGUUCUGUUCUCCUCGCACAUCUUCUCAGUGGUUGGAUCACUGGACGCGACAGAGGCUUAAAUGGUGGAGGAAAUUUGCUCUGUCCCCAUCUGACUUUAGCAGCAGUGAUGUCCCAGAGGAGGAACUUGAAGAGGCAACAUCUCGUGGUGUGAGAAUCAGCUACAGCUUCCCGUGGGGACAGGAGCCCUUGGAGACGCUGUGGAGCCGAGGAGACACAGAGCUGCUGCUGAUGCACAAAGGAGCCCGGUCAAAACUACAAUGUCGAGAUGGACGCAAGUCAGUUCCUCAUGUUGUCUCCAUAACUGGGAACAUGGAUCGUGGUUUGUUGGCCUUUCUGUCCAGCUCACUACAGCAUCAAAAGAGAGAAGACAGCAAGCAGAGGCUGAAGCACAGAAAGGUUUUGAAGUUGCAUCCAGUGUUGGCUCCUGUUAAAGUGGCUUUAGACAUUGGCAGAGGAGCCACUAUGGAGCUGAGACAAGUUUGUGAAGGGCUACUGCAAGAGUUUAUGGAGGCUAAGAUCUCUGCCUGGCCUGGAUAUCUUGAAACAAUGUCAACAUCAUUGGAGCAGCUCAAUACAAAGUACGAUGAAAUGGGAGUACUUUUCACUGUGGUGAUCAGUGAAAACACGUUGGAGAGUGGCCUCCUUCAAGUGCGCAGCAGAGACACAACCAUCAAGGAGACCAUGCACAUCUCUGAAAUCAAGAAUUUUCUCUCCAAAUAUAUUUCGGCUGCUGGUAACAUCUGAAUGGCUGUGAUGUCUGAGCUGCCUCAGUUUAAUAUCCAAAUCAAGUCCUCUAACCUCUUCUCUCCACUCUGUGUAACACAAGUCAUCCUUGUUAUUAAGUCUUUUAUAAAUGUUUUGUUACUCUUUGCGUAUUGGUGCUUGAACGGAAAGAAGAUUGUGGUUUGUUUCGUUCAGUUUGUCUAAUACAAUAUACAGAAUUUAAGUUGUUUAAUAUCACUCGAGUGUAUGUACCUAAUAAAGUGGUGAGUUUAGUA